AUGGCGACGAUAACGGUAGCGAUCGCAAUGGAAAUAACAGUGGCGGCGGCGGUGAGGCUGGCGAUGACAAUGGUGGUGGUAGCAAUAAUUGUAAUUGUACAUGUGGUGGUUGUGCCAAUAGUGGGGUGUGGUGAUUGUGGUGCCAUUGGUAGCCAUUAUGCUUGUGGUGGUGGUGGUGAUAAUUAUGGCGAAGGUAACGACAACGAUGGUGGUGGUAAUGAUCGUUGUGGUUGUGGAGCUAGUCGAGGUAGUUGUGCUUGUGGUGGUGGUAGUACUAAUGGUGGCAAAAACGCUGGUGGUGGUGGAGAAGAUUAUGGUGGCAACGAUGGUGGUGGUAAUGGUGUGGUGGUAGUAGUAGUAGCGGUAAUUGUGCUUUUAAAAGCAACAUAUAUAUUACUUUUAAAAGCUAUUGUCUGA